GGGCUGUGAGGCUGGAAAGGGCCAGGAGUUUAUUUUCUAGACAAGGGGCUAGUUAGUGAGGUGUGGAAUCCUGGAAGAAAGUUAACUACUCGCGAUUGUUUGGGAUCACGCGCUGCCUUGUGACCAGACUCCUUGUGCCCCUACAUCUCACUCAUCUGACUGCUAAUGACUUUUUCCCAUGCAUCUUGAAAUAGAAGAAUUUCUCGAAGGGAGGGUUAAUAGCUGUAGGUAUUGUGUUGGGCCACAUAUGUCAAUGACGGUGGGAAAAUGCACGAUUGGACUAUUAACAUUGAGGGGGGGAGGGGGAGGAACCCUAGCCAUGGCAGAACUUUGAUUUUUUGCAAGACAUUUCCAAGUUGUUUUUUGAAGUGUUCCUGAUGAGCCACAUAUUCAUCUUGACAGUUUCUAGCCCCCCCAUAAUGUCAGUAAUUUUACUAAAGUUUCCAAUUUCUUAGCCUGGAAAGACCAUCAAAGGACUUUUUUUUCCUCCUUUGCAAACUCUAUACAAAACAGCUGUUGGAAUAUUGCAAAACAUGCCAGGUCUGUAUAAAGCCAGUGUUUGUUUGUCCUGUUAUCUUAAAAUAAAAGCCUUUCAGCCCAGCCUUACAGGAGAGAGGAAUGUCAUAGACCCAACCUUGGUCUUUCAGCCCUCUCAAACUCAGAAACGCAGCUCCUGCUCUUAAAUAAUGCCACCCUGCCUCUGUCUCCAUGUCUGCCUCCUCCUGGAAUCUGCUCUCUGACCAUGCUGCAGCCUGUAUGCCAGAAAUAGAAUCAAAGAGGGACAAGAGGCCAGGGAGCCCGUAUAAGCAGGGCUUAAAUGCUAUGGGGAUUAGGCAUUUUGCAAUGUGAAAAGAGAAGCCUCUAUGACUUCAGCACUGUGGCAAGAACGGCUCUGAGGAACUGGGCGCAACAGAACAGAAGAUGCAGGUGCUGGUGGCUACUCACUUGAAUGUCCAACCUGGAGAGUGCAUCAAAGUGAAGGGGAAGAUCUUCCCAGAAGCCAAGCGGUUUGCUGUGAACGUGGGGAAGGACAGCGGCAACCUGAUGCUGCAUUUCAACCCGCGCUUCGACUCCCACGGCGACGUGAACGUCAUCGUGUGCAACUCCAUGGAGGAUGGGAGGUGGGGGACAGAGGAGAGGGAGGCUGACUUCCCCUUCCAGCAGGGUGACAAGACGGAGAUCUGCAUCUCCUUUGACACAACCGAGCUGACAGUGAAACUGGCUGGUGACAAGGAGAUCACGUUCCCCAAUCGGCUGGGCUUGGAGAAUAUUGAGUACCUGUCUGUGGACGGUGACUUUGCCAUCAAGGCCAUUAAGUUUAGCUAACUGCUGCUUGGUUUUGUUCCUCCCACUUGCUGGCUCAGUGAAAUAAACCUAAAUGUGACCUUUGAAGUGGCCA